UCCAGCUGUGGAGAUGGGAGUGGGGCAGAUGUUGCUAGUCCUGUUGGCUGCCAGCUUGGUGGUGUCCACCAGGGACCCUCUGCUGAACGUCUGCAUGGAUGCCAAGCACCACAAAACCAAGCCUGGCCCGGAGGGGAAGCUCUAUGAGCAGUGCUCUCCCUGGAAGGACAAUGCCUGCUGCACAGCCAACACCACUGCAGAGGCUCACAGAGACCAGUCCUACCUCUACAGCUUCAACUGGAACCACUGUGGGGUGAUGCCCCCCAAGUGCAAGCGGCACUUCAUCCAGGACACCUGCCUCUACGAGUGCUCCCCCAACCUGGGGCCGUGGAUCGACCAGGUGGACAGCAGCUGGCGCAGGGAGAGGAUCCUCCACGUGCCCCUCUGCAAGGAGGACUGCGAGGAGUGGUGGGAGGACUGCAAGGACUUUGUCACCUGCAAGGAGAACUGGCACAAGGGCUGGAACUGGGCCACAGGAACCAACCGCUGCCCCUGGGGGGCCAUGUGCAGACCCUUCAAGGAGGUCUUCCCCCACCCCAAGGACCUGUGUGAGAAGAUCUGGUCCCACUCCUACAGCUACACCACGCUGCAGAGGGGCAGCGGCCGCUGCAUCCAGAUGUGGUUUGACCCUGCCCAGGGCAACCCCAACGUGGUGGUGGCCAAGUACUAUGCCUGGAAGAGGAGGACCUCGCCAGCUGGGGUGGACAACCUGACUCCUGAGGUGGACAAGGCCAGGAGGCCUCUCCCCUGCUCUGGCAUGGUCCUGUUGGUGCCUCUGGUGCUUGUAGUGACCUUUGGAAGGAGCUGGAGCCUCUCUGGGACUUCUCCUUGA